AUGGCCCACCAGCUCCUCUAUUCAAUGGACGUUCAGGGAUUCCUUCAAGACAGACGCCCUUAUCCACCAGACACUGGGCUGGGCUAUUCAACAUCCUGGCCAUCCUAUGAAACGACAUCCUUGCUCCCAAGCGGGUCAGACUCUACUAAUCUCGCGUUACCCGGGUCGUCAUCGACCUUUCAACUCUACCCAUCUUCAUUUGAGCCCUCGUUUCAGCUUCCGGAUACCACCUAUCCCACGCCUCCCCCUACUGGUGCUGUAGGCUUCGAACCAAACUUUCAACAGGAGUUUUUCGGGCCGCCCCCUCCGGCUGAUGUCCACAGUCCUUUCAUGAUGGACGCCCCGAAACCCCGACCUAUACAUGCCCCUACGGGCGUGCGAAACAACACCCUUGCGAUCCGAUCCCGCCAGUCUCAACCCCACUUACGAACGCAACUAUCUAUCCCCUCGCCCUUUCCCGCAUAUAGGUCUAUUCAGUCUUUUCCUGUGAAUAUCCCUCAUAGUAGGCAAUCUUCGUCAAGCUCCCCCACGGAUGAUGUCCCUCCGUCCAUCCGCCGCCACAGUGCCGAUAGGGUUAGCAAGCCGACGCCAAAUCUUUCUGAAGUGAUCGUACCUACCGAAGAAGAAUCAACCGCUUUCAUCAGUAAAUUAUAUCACAUCUUGUCUCGGCCCGAGUACUCCAAAUACCUAGCGUGGAACGAGUCUGGAGAUGCGUUCCUCUUAAUGAAUGCUACCGAGUUCGCCCAGCAAGUGCUCCCCAGAUUUUUCAGACACAGCAACAUUAGUUCUUUCGUUCGACAGCUCCGGCUCUAUGGCUUUACACGAGUAUCAACUAUUAGGCUGUUGCAGCUAGCAGAUCAGUCAGAUCACCCGGCGGCCGCCGAUCUUGUCGCUCAGGCCAAUGCAAGUCCGUCUUUCCAGUCAGCGUCAGGCUUUGCCCAUCCUUUGUUCCUGCGCGGAGGAAAAAACCUUUUGGGACAACUGAAGCCUCGGAGCUCUCGCAAGGCCAAGCGGGCCGCGUCCACCCCCAAAAAGGAGGAAGGGACAGAUGAGUUGCCUUCGCUAGCCGGCCCUUCGGACUCCUAA